AUGAAUGCUCAAAAACAACCAAGCAAAUUCAUAAAACCAUCGGUUCCAACCCCUUCAAACCUUAAACACUACAAGAUAGGCUUCAUCGAUGAACUUGCUCCGUUCAUGGAUGUGGCGAUCGUUCUUUUUUUCACCAAAAAUACCAAUCACAACUCAAAGUUUGGUGAUCAACUAGAAAAAUCCCUAGAAAAAACCUUGACACGAUUAUACCCUCUUGCCGGCAGAUUUGUUGAAGAAAGUCAAACCAUUGACUGUAACGACGAAGGUGUUGAGUUCAUACAAGCCAAAGUUAACAUCAAACUUGAAGACAUUCUUGGGCUUGAGGUAAAUGCUAGGUCGAUUAAAGAACUUCUUCCAUUGAAAACAAUACCUCAUGACAAUGUUCUUACAAUUCAAUUAACCACCUUUGAGUGUGGAGGUGUGGCACUUGGUGUAAGUGCUACACAUAAGGUUGUUGAUACAUCGACGCUAUGCACAUUUGUAAAUGAAUGGGCUGCUAUGAACCGCGAAGAAAAUGAUAUCAAAUUCACAACGCCAGGUUUCAUUUCAUCCUCCUUGUUUCCUGCCCGUGGUGUUCGUCCCAUUUUAAUACCAUUUAUUACCGACGAAGACUUGUUAAGCAAAUAUACAUGGAAGAAACUUUCAUUCAGUGAGAGUGAUAUAUCCAACAUGAAAGCAAAGGCUAUCACAAAUGCACGAAUAUCGAAGGUACAAUUGGUAUUUGCGACCAUAUGGAAAGCUCUCAUUGGUGUUGAUCGCGUGACACAUGGUUAUCUAAGAGAGUCUAUGCUCUCCCAGGCGAUAAAUCUAAGGGAAAAAAUGGCUUCUCCAAUACCCAGUUAUUCUUGUGGGAAUCUUUGGGGACUUUGUUCCACGACUGUUAAAACAAACGAAGAAUUGGAAAAUCUUUUAAAUUACUCUGUGAAGAAAACUAUAGACGAAUACUCAAAGGUACACCAUGAUAGCGAACAAGGGCAAAUGAUUGUUUUGAAUUCUAUUUUAAAUGUAACCAACACUCCUUUGUCAACAAACAUGAUUAUCUCAACUAGCUGGUGUAAGUUCCCUUUUUAUGAAGCUGACUUUGGUUUCGGAAAGCCCAUUUGGGCGGUUCCUUGGACGACGCCUAUGAAAAAUGCAAUGCUUUUGAUCGACAAUGCGAAUGGUAAUGGAGUGGAUGCAUACAUCUUUCUAGAAGUUAAAGACGUCCCUUAUUUCAAAGAAGGUCUAGAUGUCAAUGUUUUUAAUGCUUAG